CAUCUGUCCGUGACGCCCCGCCCGUGUUUCGCUUAUGAACAGCAGACAGCAGGGCGCCUGGGAACAGGUUUGAACACCUCACAGAAACUCUGACAAGACACAGCGCGACUCUUCAAUCGCCUCUCAGACGCUCGUGUGGUUUUCUUCACGCGUUUCGCGAUCCGGGUCCUGUGCGCCGCUGCACUUUCCCAAAAGUUUCCGUGCACUGAUUUGACAGGAUAAAUCGACGAAGGGAGUUGGAGGGGAAGACUAGCGCUGGCUGGCGAGCUGGCUGUGAGGAGACAGACCGCAGGAGGAAAUUAUGGCCGCGCGCGGUGCGUCUGCGCUCUUCCUGCUCGCCUUUGGAAUACUGGAAGCGAGCGCGCAGUACGGCAUGUCGAUACCCGAGCACGGCUUCUGCCAGCCCAUCACAAUCCCUCUGUGCACGGACAUCGCGUACAACGAGACCAUCAUGCCCAACCUCCUCGGCCACACGAACCAGGAGGACGCGGGGCUGGAGGUGCACCAGUUCUACCCGCUCGUUAAAGUGCAGUGCUCGCCGGAUCUCAAGUUCUUCUUGUGCUCCAUGUACGCGCCGGUGUGCACGGUGCUGGAGCAGGCGCUGCCCCCGUGCCGUUCGCUGUGCGAGCGCGCGCGCCAAGGCUGCGAGGCGCUCAUGAAUAAAUUCGGCUUCCAGUGGCCGGAGAGUCUCGCGUGCGAGUCCUUCCCGGUUCACGGCGGAGAGCUGUGCGUGGGGCAGAACACGUCUGAGCGGAGCGCACCGGUCAACCCGACUCCAGAUGUGACCCAAGCGACACCCGAGCAUACCAGGAAGGGGCGUUUUCGAUGCCCAACUUCGCUUAAAGUCCCUCCGUAUCUAAACUACCGCUUUAUGGGCGAGGAAAACUGCGGCGCACCGUGCGAACCCAAGAAACUCAACGGGGUGAUGUACUUCAGCGAGGACGAGCAGAAGUUUGCGCGCAUUUGGAUCGGCAUCUGGUCGGUUUUGUGCUGUGCUUCUACUUUAUUCACCGUCCUGACUUAUUUAGUGGACAUGGAGCGCUUCAGUUACCCGGAAAGACCCAUUAUAUUCCUUUCCGGGUGUUAUACGAUGGUGUCCAUCGCUCACAUCGCCGGAUUUCUGCUGGAGGACAAAGUGGUUUGCAAUGAGCAGUUCGAUAAUGAGUUUAGGACAGUGGUGCAAGGCACCAAAAAGGAAGGUUGCACGAUUCUGUUCAUGAUGUUGUACUUCUUCAGCAUGGCCAGCUCUAUCUGGUGGGUCAUUCUCGCGCUCACUUGGUUCCUCGCUGCUGGGAUGAAAUGGGGUCACGAGGCUAUUGAAGCGAAUUCGCAAUAUUUCCAUUUAGCAGCGUGGGCAGUGCCAGCCAUCAAGACCAUCACCAUCCUCGCCGUGGGUCAAGUGGAUGGAGAUGUGCUCAGUGGCGUCUGCUAUGUGGGCAUCAACAGCGUGGACGCGCUGCGCGGGUUCGUCCUGGCGCCGCUCUUCGUCUAUCUGUUCAUCGGUACUUCGUUCCUCCUGGCGGGCUUCGUGUCUCUGUUCCGUAUCAGGACCAUUAUGAAGCACGACGGCACCAAAACGGAGAAGCUGGAGAAGCUGAUGGUGCGCAUUGGCAUCUUCAGUGUCCUCUACACUGUUCCAGCCACCAUCGUGAUCGCGUGCUACUUCUACGAGCAGGCCUUUCGGGAUCAGUGGGAACAGACGUGGAGCGCGCAAUCGUGCAAGACGUACGCGGUGCCGUGCCCCGUGCACAACCCACAGAUGAACCCGGAUUUCACGGUGUUCAUGAUCAAGUACCUGAUGACCCUGAUCGUGGGCAUCACGUCUGGAUUCUGGAUAUGGUCUGGAAAGACGCUUAACUCGUGGAGGAAGUUCUACACGAGACUGGCGAACAACAAACAAGGAGAAACAACAGUGUGAUUAAACUGCUUUUUUAUUAUUCACUUUUCCCGAUGGAGAAAGGACGCUUUCGCGUUGUACAUAAACAAUGUGACUUUUUUCGUUUUGGAGAUUAUUUAUGCCUUUUCUCUAGGAUUAUUCUGUGUGGGGAUCUGUUUUUUAUGCCUCUAUGUAAAACUGUGUCUUUUUAUCGACAUUAGUAUUUCCACGGGCAAAUAUUCAAAAUUUGUACAUGCAAAUAAUGCAGAAAUAACAAUAAUAAUGUGUGUGAAUUGUGCACCCAGCACUUAAGGCGGCAUAUCAUGGAUAGGAUUGAGCUUUAAAUUAAAGCUUUGGGAGUGAGAUCAGAUGAACUAUAGGACGAGACUAGGAGCUAGAACAACAUGGUUAAUACGUGCUUAACCCAGCCUAAACCGGUUUGCUGGUCUCCUGGCCUGUCCUGGGCUUGGACAUCAACAAUCUCAGGCUGUUUUAAGAUGUCUUUUAAGAUGUAAAGUUAAGUGCCUUUUUCAGUUCAGAGCAGCAUUGGGGUCAGGUCUGCAGUUGUGUUUAACUCAAAGAAAUGUAUACAUGUUUUUCUUCAGUCUGUAAUGAGCUUUGGUGAUGUUUCUGAAGGGUUUGUGUUCUCCCUGGGCUCUUUUGCACAGAAGUACCUCUAAACAUACAGAUAGAACAGGAUGGACAGUGUUUGCAAUGCACUUCUCAAAUAGUGUAAUGUCUGUGUUUUUAUCGUAACAAAUCCAUGAUGUGAAAAUGGGGAUGCAGAUUUAUGUGUAGAUGUAAACCGAUAUAUUUUUGAGAUGAUCAGCAGCGAUAAUCACAUCUGCUUGUCCUGUGUAUCAUUUCCAAAAUCUACCAGCAGGCCUCUUGAUCAAUAAUGCAAUUGGAUUUUCAAAUAAUUUUAUUGAUUUUUAAAAGUGCUGUCAAACAAUUAAUUGUGAUUUAUCACAUCCAAAAUAAGUUUUUGCUUAGAUAAUAUAUAUGUGUGUACUCUGUAUAUUAUGUAUGUAUGUGUACAUAUAUAUAUAUAUAUAUAUAUAUAUAUACACACACACAGUAUACAUUUAGAAAAUAUUUACAUGUAUAUAUUCAUAUAAUUUAUAUUAUAUAUAAG